GAGGUGGUUACAAGGCGGUGCGGUGAGUGCGGCUGGCUCAGUAGUACUAGGUGGUGGCUCAGCCGCAGGUGCAGGUUCUGGGCUGUGUCUGGCUGUCUGGGGAUGUCGGACGCGGGCGGCGGAGGUCCCGGCGAGGAGGGCGGCCUGGAGGUGCCCGGCUCCGCGGUGCCGAAUGUGGCCGAUGUCUCGGUGCUGCAGAAGCACCUGCGCAAGCUGGUGCCGCUGCUGCUGGAGGACGGCGGGGGGGUCCCGGCCGCGCUGGAGGCGGCGCUGGAGGAGAAGGGGGCCCUGGAGCAGAUGCGCAAGUUCCUCUCCGACCCGCAGGUGCACACGGUGCUGGUGGAGCGAUCCACGCUCAAGGAGGAUGUGGGUGAUGAAGGAGAAGAGGAAAAAGAAUUCAUAUUCUAUAGCAUUAAUACUGACAUUCAUUAUGGGCUAAAGUCAAACCGUUGGGCGUUCAUUAAGCAUACACCAGUGUGUGAUGCUGACAAACCAGUGUGCUCCCAACUGCUUAACUCUCAACAUGUGUGUGGCAAAGAAACUGUCAGAUCAGUGAGUCUUGUAGAGUUUACUAAACGAUGUGACUUUAUGCAGGUCACUGCUGUUGCCUAGCAGAAUCAAGGAGAAUAUACCUAAACCCCAGGAUAUGAAGGUAGCAGAAGUCCUUUAUGAUGCUGCGGAUGCUAAUGCUAUUGAAGAAGUAAAUCUUGCUAAUGAGAACAUUAAAGAAGUAGAUGGCUUAGAUGUUUCUUAAGAAGGUACAGAAGCCUGGGAGGCAGCAAUGAAACAGUAUGAUGAAAGAAUUGAUAGGGUUGAAACAAGAAUAACUGCUCGUCUACAAGACCAGCUUGGCACAGCAAAGAAUGCUAAUGAAAUGUUCAGGAUCUCUUCCAGAUUCAAUGCUUUGUCAGACCUUGCAUUCGGGGUGCUAUUUGUGAAUAUCAAACACAAUUGAUCCAGCGUGUAAAAGAUGAUAUCGAGUCUCUUCAUGACAAAUUCAAGGUACAAUACCCACAAAGUCAGGCUUGCAAAAUGAGUCAUGUUCGUGACUUGCCUCCCGUGUCUGGGUAAAUAAUCUGGGCCAAACAGAUUGAUCGACAGCUCACAGCCUACAUGAAGCAUGUUGAAGAUGUGCUUGGCAAAAGUUGGGAGAACCAUGUUGAAGGUCAGAAGCUGAAGCAAGAUGGCGACAGCUUCCGUCUGAAGCUCAACACUCAAAUAUUUGAUGAUUGGGCAAGGAAGGUUCAGCAGCGCAACCUUGGUGUAUGUGGCCGUAUCUUCGCUAUUGAAAGUACUCGUGUUUGAGGCUGAACUGGAAAUGUCCUCAAACUAAAAGUCAGCUUUCUUCCAGAAAUAAUUAAGUCCCAGAAAGAAGUCCGCAACCUUAAAUGGUUUGGAUUUCGUGUUCCACUUGCAAUUGUCAACAAAGCUCACCAAGCAAACUAGCUCUAUCCUUUUGCUAUUUCUCUGACUGAAAGUGUCCGUAUGUAUGAAUGGACCUAUGAGAAGGUGGAAGAGCCUAACACUAUUUCUCUGCUGGUAGCUGGUCUAAAGAAGGAAGUGUAGGCUUUGAUUGGAGAAGGUAUUGCCCUGGUGUGGGAGUCAUACAAACUUGACCCCUGUGUACAACACCUAGCAGAGAUUGUCUUCAGCUUCCAAGAAAAGGCCAAGGAACAGGAAGCAGGCGAUGGUGAGCUGCGUGGAUCGAAGACUUUCAUCAAGGCUUUGAGGAGACAGUCGUCGAGGGGUUUGAAUUCCUAGAGACCGGAGAGUUGCCCUUGAGUCCUUCAUGGAAUGAAGUACAUCAUUCGUCGUGGAGGCAGAGGUUGUCGCCAUCGAAGGGGAGACCCUCAAUGGUACUCUGGACCUCCCGAAGAAAGGAAGAGGAUGAGAGCCAUGAACCUCGGCGCAUCACAGAGGCAGUGGAUCUUGCUGCAGUAUUGGCCGCAUCGAGGACAGCUUGCAGAGCAGUACGGGGAGAUGAUUUUUCCCUCAGAAACUAUGGCUGUAAAUUGUUUUUUCUUUUCUUCUGGAAUGUCGUAAAUAAAGUCGAUGAAUUCACUAUAAUU